AUGUAUAUCCUAGGGUCACGCACCACGCACCACGCAUCACGCUAUUAUCACGCUGCAUACUAUGAUCAUGCACCACGCUAUGAUUACGUACCACACUAUGAUCACGUAUCACGCUAUGAUCACGUACCGCGCUAUGAUCACGAUCGGUCUUGGGAGUCAGAAGACAAUGAUGAUUAUAGCUCACUUCAAGGAAGAAAGAACCGUUGGGGUUCUUUUCGAGGUAAUUUUCACAACAGGAGCAGUCGUUAUCAACAUGGUGGAUAUCAGCCUCCACACUUCCUGAAGGAUUAUGGAUACAUGGAGAAGAGGGCAGUCCAGAAGUACCAAGUUGCCUGUGGAAGAAAGUAUGACAAGACGUGGCUAAUGGAUUCAAUCCAGAGCCAUUGCAGUAUCCCCUUCACUCCAGUGGACUUUCACUACGUGAAAAACAAGGCCCAGUUCUUUGUUCAAGAUGCUAGCAUUGCCUCAGCAUUGAAGGAUAUCAGCUACAAGAUUUGUGACCAGGAGAACCGGAAGAUAGCUAUCUUUGUCAAUAUGUCGGCUGUACCUUACUCAGUGCGGGAUAAGUUGGAGCCAGAAGAAAUGGAACAGCUAAAGCUGGCCAUGUGCAAACGAUAUGAUGAGUACAAACGAUAUGAUGCCUCUCAGAAAGCUCUUGAUCUCCAGUUGCUCCGCUAUGACCCAGAUUUGGUGAGAUGUGAUGUUGAUAUAAUCCUGAAUAGAAGAAACUGCAUGGCUGCCACUCUGCAGAUCAUUGAAAAGGAUUUCCCUGAGCUGUUGUCCCUGAACUUACACAACAACAGACUGUACCGACUGGAUGGCCUGUCUGAUAUUAUACAGAUGGUACCCACAGUCAAGAUCCUGAACCUUUCCAAAAAUGAGCUUAACUCUACCUGGGAGUUGUGCAAGAUUAAAGGCCUGAAACUGGAAGAGCUAUGGCUGGAAGAUAACCCUCUGUGCCACACCUUCUCAGAGAAAUGCACUUACAUAAGCGCCAUCAGGAAAUAUUUCCCCAACUUGUUACGCUUGGAUGGCCAGGAUUUACUCCCACCGAUUGCUGUUGACAUUGAUAGACACUACUUAAUAAAGGAAAAAUAUAAAGGAUCUGAUGUGAUGAAGACUCAAGUCCUGCAAUUCCUGCAGCAAUAUUACUUGAUCUAUGACUCUGGAGACAGACAGAGUCUCCUCGGUGCUUAUCACGAUGAGGCCUGCUUCUCUUUGACCGUUCCCUACAUCCAAGACAGCCCAACCACCAGCUUGUUUGAGUACUUCAAGGAUGCCAGGAAUAUAAAGAACCUCCAGGACUCCAGUCUGUGUUUUCAGCUGCUGAAACGUACAAAACAUGACAUUGUGAGCUCUCUCUCUGUGUUUCCCAAAACACAGCAUGACCUCAACUCCUUCCUGGUGGACAUGUGGUUGGAGUCGGAAAGCCUGCUUUUCUUCUGUGUCAACGGAGUGUUCAAGGAAGUGGAAGGAAGGUCUCAGGGUUCUGUGCGUGCCUUCACCCGGACCUUCAUCACUACCCCUGCCAGCGAUUCCAGUAUGUUCAUCGUGAAUGAUGAGCUGUUUGUGAGGGAUGCCACCCCAAAUGAGACUCAAAGUGCGUUUUCUACCCAAGUGCCCACACCUUCCUGCAGCACUUGCCCCACCCUCUCUCAGGAACAGCAGGAAAUUGUGCAGAUUUCCUUCAGCCUUUCUCAGAUGAGCCUCUAG